GCCGAGCGCACGUUGUGUCAUUCGUCUCCGUUUUCCACCCAUCAUUCGCUCGCCCGUUUCCAGCCGCGAGGAAAAUCCACGAGGAAUUUCGUCUUUUGCGGAAAAGCAAGCGGUGCUCGUCUUUUUGCCGUACGCGCGGAAUCCAAGUAGCUAGAGUGCAUCGCAUCGCCAUGGCGGAUCUGGAUGAUUUCUUCGCCAAGAAGGACAAAAAGAAGGGCAAGGCGAAAAAGUUUGGCACCGCCGAGGAGAUAGCCAAGCAGCUAGAUGACACGUCGAAGAAGGUCGUCGAAAGUAAGAUGAAGCUGCGACCGGUGGAUUCGGAUGGCAAACACGAUCCCAAUGAGCCGGAAGACGAGUGGAAGGUGUUCGAGGAGACGAAGAAGGACUACAGCGGACUGAAACUGGCACAGCUGAAUAUAGACGACGAUGCGAACCAUCACGAUUCGGAGAACUCGGGCGUCGAUCCGUCCUACGAUGGGGAGGGCCGGGAAGGCGAAGAGCGCGAUCCAAACAAACCGUGGAUGAAAAAGGAUGCAGCGAAUGCAGCGAAGAAGGAGAAGGCUGCACCGGCCCCGGAGGCUCCAGCAACCACAAGCAAUAUUUAUAUCAGUCCAGCAAUGAAAAGUCUCAUGGCAAAACAGAAACAGAAGAAAGGCAUCGCGCCGGAUCUACAGAGCGAGGAGUACUUCCCGACGCUGGGCCAGGAAAAGCCGGCUGAAGCGCCCAAACCGCCGAAAGUGGACCCGUCGUUCGAGGAGGUGAAGCACGGCGUGCGGGCGAAAACGGUCGAACAGUCCUCAACCAGCGGCCAGAUCAGUAUCGGCAACCGGUUCAACUCACUGAACAACGAUGCGAGCUAGGGACCAAGUUCCGCGCGCCGCCCAGUAUCGUUUUAAACUUUUAUACAACUACCGUGCUACACACUACUACUGCUGCUGCAUCAAUAUAUGUUGCGCGCCGCCUACUACGUUCUCGUA